AUGGGUAGUAGCGAUUGUUUGCUCAAGUUUCUCGCGCUCGGGGACUCGGGCGUGGGAAAAACGAGCUUUCUAUCGUAUUACAGCGAUGGCACGUUCAACUCGAGCUUCCACUCGACCGUCGGCAUCGACCUCAAGGAGAAGCGACUUGUGUACGAGUCGAUGGACGGACGCAGCCAAAGCGUGCACUUGCAGCUGUGGGACACGGCAGGCCAAGAAAGGUUUCGGAGCUUGACCACGGCAUUUUAUCGAGAAUCCAUGGGCUUCUUCCUGAUGUUCGACUUGACAAGUGAACGGUCCUUUCUCUCGUUACGAAACUGGUUGGAUCAACUUAGGAUGCACGCCAACUGCGAGGAGCCCGAUGUGGUUCUGUGCGGCAACAAAUCGGAUCUCGAGGACCGACGGAUAAUUAGCGAGCAGAGGGCUCGCCAACUGGCGGAAAAAUACAACUUGGUGUACUUGGAGACGAGUGCAGCUACUGGCCAGAAUGUAGACAGAGCCGUUCAGAUACUAUUGGACCGUGUGAUGCGUAGAACGGACGCUGCUGUUGAAAGAUUGAUUCGACCCGUCAACCGAGUAAAGCUACCCUCCGCACAGAAGCCAUACAGCCGCAGAAGGAGAUUGUGCCGUUGCUAGACGACGUUAGACUUUUUUUUUAUUUUUCAGCUCUAUUAUCAACAUUAUCUUCUUAUUGUUGUUGGUUAAAUUAUCAAUGUGUGUAAUCCAUCGUCAUCGGAAUAGAUCAAUGUGCGAGCAUUUA